GGACUCUGGUGUCAUUUGUUAAUUGUGAUUGCGUGAAGCUUACCUCCCUCGGGCAUAUUGGGGGGAGUGUCUGCUGCUGUCCCUAAGUCCUAGAGCACAGGGAGCCACAGUCUAAUCUGUAUUUGUAGAAUUGGGAUCCUUGGUAGUUGGAAAAAUGGCGAUGACACUGUUGGAAGACUGGUGCAGGGGGAUGGAUGUGAACUCCCAGCGAGCCCUGCUGGUCUGGGGGAUCCCAGUGAACUGUGAUGAGGCUGAAAUCGAAGAGACCCUCCAGGCUGCGAUGCCCCAGGUGCCCUAUCGAGUGCUUGGGAGAAUGUUUUGGAGGGAAGAGAAUGCGAAAGCAGCCUUGUUAGAGCUCACUGGCGCUGUCGAUUACGCCGCGAUCCCCAGGGAGAUGCCCGGUAAAGGAGGGGUCUGGAAAGUGGUCUUUAAACCCCCGACUUCCGAUGCUGAAUUUUUAGAAAGGUUGCACCUCUUCCUAGCGAGAGAGGGGUGGACCGUGCAAGAUGUUGCCCGCGUCCUUGGGUUUCAGAACCCCGCUCCGGCCCCAGGCCCAGAUAUGCCAGCAGAGAUGCUAAACUAUAUUUUGGAUAACGUUAUUCAGCCUCUUGUUGAGUCCAUAUGGUACAAGAAGCUGACGCUGUUCUCCGGGAGGGACAUCCCGGGGCCUGGGGAGGAGACCUUUGAUCCCUGGCUGGAACACACCAAUGAGGUCAUAGAGGAGUGGCAGGUGUCUGAUGUAGAAAAGAGGCGGCGGUUGAUGGAGAGUCUUAGAGGCCCUGCCGCUGAUGUCAUCCGCAUCCUCAAGACUAACAACCCUUCGAUAACCACUGCCGAAUGCCUGAAGGCGCUUGAGCAGGUGUUUGGGAGCGUCGAGAGCUCUAGGGAUGCGCAGGUCAGGUUUCUGAACACUUACCAGAACCCGGGAGAAAAGUUAUCUGCAUAUGUCAUUCGUCUGGAGCCUCUUCUGCAGAAGAUGGUGGAGAAGGGGGCCAUAGAUAAAGAUAACGUGAACCAGGCCCGCCUGGAGCAGGUCAUUGCCGGGGCCAACCACAGCGGGGCCAUCCGAAGGCAGCUGUGGCUGACAGGAGCUGCGGAAGGGCCUGCCCCUAACCUCUUCCAGCUGCUGGUGCAGAUCCGCGAGGAGGAGGCCAAGGAGGAGGAGGAGGAGGCUGAGGCCGCCCUCCUGCAGUUAGGCCUGGAGGGGCACUUCUGAGGCCCAGGAGUUGGGCUGUAGUGCAGAUGUAGAUCCCAGCUGCUUUCCUUGUCUCCGUGCUGUCUUAACAGGUGUGUGUCUUAGUUGUGAAGACUGCACCAUGUUCUGUUGUUUUGGGGGGUGGGGGGAGUCAGGCCUGGGUAUUCAUGUAACAUUAGUACAGUGCUGCCAGUGAGCCCCCUGAGCUGCUACAAGUGAGUCAUCCUAGCCACAGUGCCAAGUAAAGACCUGCACACAGGUGCUCAGUGUAAGCUGCCGUGGCGGUCAUCAGUUGUGAACCUGUGAAUCCAUGACACUUCCCACGGAGGUGAGCAGGUGGGAAACUGCAUGUUCAGAUGUUCAGGGCAGGGCCUGGCAACACAGGAAGUGUUCAGUAAAUAUAUGAGCUGUCCUUACUAAUAUCAUGAAUAGUUUUUGUGUUUACAGUAAAUUGCUCCUCAUUUAUAUUAAUGGAAAGAAGUGUGACUUAAUUAGAUACUAUUUAUUCAACCUUACAAAUUACUUAUUUUUCAUCUUGAAACAUCUGGAUCAGUUUAAUUGAAAAGUAUUCUGAGACUAUGGAAUGGGGUGUUAGAAAAAUACCGCAAUUCUAGAAUUAUGUAAAUCAAUUUUUCUCUGUACAAGAUACAGAAAUAAAUUGCAUGGGAAGGUUAAUAAGAACCAGUUACAGUAUCUAUUCCCCCAUUUCAAAUCUUUGUCAUUGAAUAGUAGUUCUUGUUCGUGCUGAUUCUAAGUGUUCUAAAUUUGAAGUUAUCAAAAUACAUGUAUAUGAAUAAAAGAAUUUUA